AUGUUUUAAAAUAUUAUUGGUUUAUAUUUGAUUUUCAAAAUAUGAACAAAACAAUGUUUAAUAUAAUGAAAAUUUAUUUAGAAUUAUUUAAGACUCAUUAUUUUAUUUUUUCAGUAACCAACUUCUUACCGAAAUCUGGCAACAGAGUGAAGACUAAAUUUGCCCUAAUUUUGGAAGAGUUCCACUUCCGGUUGAACGUGUUGUAAAUUAGAAAUUGUUCUUUUUCUCGAUAUUGCCUUUUUUAAAAGUAAAAAUGUUGCUAGAAAAUGAUUCGUUUUUAUCUGAGCUUACAAGAAUGUUCCAGAGGACGAAGAACACAGGUUCAGUUAGCAUAACCAUGAAAAGAUGGGAUGGUCAUAAUAAACCUAAACCAAGGACAGGCAAUGCUCCUGAACCAACAGAAUAUAAAUGUUUAUUUAGAGCAUCUGCCAGAAAUAAGAAAAUUAGCACAGUGGUCAGUCAAAAAGAUGUGACCAAAUUUCAGAUGGCCUAUGCUACGUUAUUAAAAGGAAAUUUGAUUGGUUUAAAGAGAGGAGAAAAGAAAGAUGCGAAGGCAACAAAGAAAGCGAAAGCAACAUAGUCAAACUUUUAAAAUUUCAUUUCAUAUUUCUUGAUGUACAUAAUUAAUAUAUUGAUGUAAAAAACACUCUUUAGAAUCUGUACCAGUUGGAUUUAAGAGUAUAUCUCUGGUUUCACUCAAAAUCAUAAAGCCUGCUCUAAUCUUUGUGUAUAUUUGUAAGGCUAAUAUUUUAUGUUGAAUAAGCUAAACAAGAUAAUCUAAACCAACCCAUUACUCAACAUCUCCCAAGAAACCACAUGCUACAUUUUUAUUUAAGGGGGUGUUCAAACUAUCUAUUUGGAAAGUUUCCAUUUAAUGUACAUCCUAAGGUUGGCAAGCACCAUUAGGGUUAAAAAAUGCGCACUAUACACGCAAAUAUACGGCUAGCGAAGAUUAACGUAAAUAAUGUAUAUUAUGUUGUGAAAUAUGGAAAAUGAUCCAUAAUGAAUGAAUGUACUUGAAUGAAUAAAAAGUUAAUUUUUUGAUAACUUCC